AAGCAAGGCCUAAACCAAAGCCUGGGACCCAAGCCCAUCACUGGGACGAGCCCAGCUUUUGGGGACAUGGUGAUGUCUCAACAUCUCUUAAGGUAGUUAAUGCUCCUCCAACCCUCAGCCCUCUCUGGCUGUCUCCAGCUGCCCUUUCUUCACUGGUCCACCCUUGUAUUUCAUUGAGCAAUGGGGAUGGACAAGUUUUGCCAGCGAGGAAGUAGCACCCAGUUGUUUCGCAAGCACAAAAGGCAAACGAGGCAAUGGGAAGGGAAAAAAAAGGCCGAUAAAAGUCCCAGGAAUUACUGCUCUGGCUUGUUUUCUUUCAAAGAUAUCCCCGUGUCGCUGCCGAUCCAGUGCACGGAGGAUAUGGUGGCGGAGGAAGGGGAAAGGCCACCAGACGGCCACCAGAAACGCUUGGGGGCCUUGAUAUCUGCCACCUCCACCCUGGAGGGCUCCGCUCAUCCCCUGGUGAAGCCACAAGCCACCGGCACGUUGCCCAGCUUUGACAGCAAGUACCCACCAAGCGCCGGGAACGGCAGCAUCUUUGGUGGUGGAACUGGAGGAGCAGCUCUUGCCGUAGCUUUUGGCGGCAACGAGGCGGAGAGGAGAGAGAGGGUGGAUAUAAACACGUGGCUGAAAACCUGCAGGAUGUUUCCUGCCAUGAAAGCCCCCAAAGAAGAAGUGAGAGCUUGCUGCAGCCCGCAGGAGUUUUUGGCACCGAACCCGGUGGUCGGGGACUCUUUCCUGACUCUUCUGGACCUCUACGAUGCCCCUGAAGCCCUUCGGAGGGAAGAUGAUUCCCAGGAAAACGCUCUGCCUGCUGAGGCUGACAUCCCAGUAGAGAUCCGAGGACCUGUGAAGAUGUCCUGGACACCGGGCUGGGUGCUGGAGGACGGGACGCUCGGACAAGGCGCCGUCCUCACCUCCGAGGGUGCUCAGGCUUGUGACAUUUGCCAGGAGAUGUCCGUGGGCCAAGCAGACUAUUUAAAGCACGUCUUAGCCCAUAUGAAGUAGGACUUUGUCUUUGCGAUGGGAAAUCUGCCUAUUUGCACCUCAACCAACGUGACGGGUCACCUGAGCUGCUCUCUGGACCUUCAGGAGAUCCCACCGAUGGCUCUGAGCAGGGUCAGCUCAGGUGGCAUCCUCUUCCCUGUAAUCCAGCGUGCUCCCAAGCUCCCUCCCCUGGGCCAGUUGAGGGUCCUGGGUGUGUUUGGGUUUGCUGAGCUUCAUGAAGAUCAAAGCAGCUUCUGUGCUGAGAUCUGGACUUGUGUGGGGCUGAGCAGGGGAGCUGGAAUUUGACGGGAGAUGGAAAUUUAUCAAAAUUCACCUUUAACCGAGUGGAAAUGAGUUUUCCAUAAAUAGACAGGGGUGUUUGAAAAGUCA